AUGCCAAAGCAAAAGAAGUACAAGAAUUUACUUAAAGCAGCAGCUGCCAAUUCUUCACAAGACAAGUCAGUAGCAGCUGCCAAUUCUUCACAAGACAAGUCAGUAGCAUCAAAUACAUCACAAGUCAAGUUCCUAGCAGCUGCAAAUUCCUUCCGAGACAAGUCGGCAGCAGCUGCAAAUUCCUCCCGGGACAAGUCGGCAGCAGCUGCAAAUUCCUCCCGGGACAAGUCAGCAGCUUCAAAUUCCUCCCGGGACAAGUCAGCAGCUUCAAAUUCCUCCAGAGAUAAGUCAACAGCAGUUGCAAGCUCCUCCCGAGACAAGUCGGCGGCUUCAAAUUCUUCUGAGCCAUUAUCAGUUGCUCCAACUAUAUCUGAGCAUCCAUUCGAACCUAAACGUAAACGUGGGCGUGAAUCUAAGCAUUACUGGACAGUUGAUGCCAUAAAUGAAUAUGAAAAUAGUACACGCCUUCAUUUAUUAGUGAAGGAUGUGCAUAAUUUGCCGGAAGGUUUGCGCAUAGUUGUCAAUUUUGAUAGACAACAUGCAGCAAUAGGAGAAGCAGCUGGACUCCUUGCAGGAAUUUGUGGGCAAUUGGCCACUGAUUGUGUAGCAUUUCCAAUCAGUUUUGAUAAGUGGGAACAUAGGAUAAAGCUUUGGAACGAGUUUUAUGAUCCGAGGUUGAGUAAAACCGAGAUCAUAAAUAAUACACCAGAAGAUAUUGCUCUUGAUCAAUGGGCUUUAUUCGUAGAAUAUCGUUUGAAGCCUGAAACUCAGAAUCUUUGUAAGAGGAAUCAAGAAAUUCGGCAAAAACAAAUAAUUCCUCAUACUUCAGGUGCUAAAUCAAUUGUAAGAAGAAGGGCUGAAUUGGUUCGUUUCUAUGUUGGUAAUCAUGAAUUGACGGAAGAGACGGGAAAAGAAGUUAGUAGGGUUCAAAUGUGGGACAUCACUCACAAGAAAAUAGAUGGAAGUUAUGUUAAUGAAAUGGCUAAAGAAAUAGCGAUUGAAGCAUAUAGCAGUCAACAAGCGGUGGAAUCAACCGUUAAUUCUCCUCUUGAUGCUCUUGGAGUAGUUCUUGGGAAAGAGCACCCUGGUCGUGUUCGAGGUUUAGGCAUGGGAGCUGUUCCAACUGUUGCUUUCAAGAACAACACCACAAGAAUUAAUCAGAUGAACUUAGGUUCUUCAAAUGAUGCUAGCACAUCAUCUACUUGUGGUCCCAAUGUGCAAAAAGAGCUGGAUACUGUUAAAGCGCAGUUGCAAGCAUUAGUCUCUUAUAUUGCUUUUAAGGAAGGAGGUAAAAUUCCAGUAGAAUUAGCUGGAAUGUUUCCUACUCAACAAAUUUCACAGGGAUUGGAUCAAGAGAGUGAGAUUCCAUCACCAAGAGAGUUAGGAAGUAGGUCUUCUGGAGCGAGCAACAAAGAAGCAUGA